AUGAAGGCGAACGGCAGCAAGAGCAUGUCGGCGCACCUGACGUGUAACAUGGCGCCCAGCCGCGGCGCCGGCGCUGCCGACGACGGCCCGCCGCAGCCGCAGACGGCCACCUGCUGCACGGCGCUGCAGCGGGGCUUCCCGGCGGACGGGAAGCCGACGCAGUCGCGGUUCGCCCCCGUGAGGACGCCCGGCUCGGCGGCCAUGAUGCUGCACGCCGACGACAACGGCCCUAUAGAGGAGGAGGAGCCGGAGGAGGGGGAGGGGCAGCAGCAGCAGCAGCAGAAGCAGAUGCAGAAGCAGGCCACAACGCCGACCAAGAGGGCGGCGGCGGCGACCAGGACGAUGAUCAAGAAGAUGGUGCGCAAGUGCAAGUCGUCGGUGGCGGACGUGGACGUGGCGCGGCUCGGCGACGCGGCCCCGCCGACGCCGCGUCUCCGGCGCAGCGGCGCCAUCCGCCGGGACUGGAGCUUCGAGGACCUCAACGGCGGCAACAACGCCGCCUAA